AUGGCCCGCCGCAAGUUCCGGCUGUCCGACAUGAUCCCCAACGCCUGGUUCUACAAGCUCCGCGACAUGGGCGCCCACGGGCGCGGCGGCGUCGGGGUGCAUCAUCGGUCCUCCUCGGCCCGGUCCUACCAGCAGCCGCCGUCGGCUCGGGAGUCGUCGGCUCGGUGGAGCGUGGAGGCCGCGCGGCAGCCGCCGUCGUCCCGGUGGCACAGGGAGGUAAGCAACGACGUCCAGCAGCCGGAGGCCGACGUCGAGCCGCCGGCCACGCCGACCAAGGAGUCGCCCCGUGCCCCGCUCCCUCGCAGGGCGUCGUACUACUACUCCACCAGAGACAGGGAGGUCCCGGCGCCGCCGGUUCCGAAGCCGCCCAGGGCCAAGGAAGCGCAGUCGCCGACGAGGAGCGCCAGGAGGCGGCACAAGGUGGACCACGCGCCUGAAGAAAGAGGACCCGCCGGGGGGAAGGAGCCCGUGGUCGGCGCGCUAGGCAGCUCUGGUCGGCGUCGUGACACCUACCCGGUGGUGAAGAUGUCGGAGGACCCACGGCAGGACUUCCGCGAGUCCAUGGAGGAGAUGAUCAGCGCGAAGCGCAUCCAGGACGCGGAGGACCUGGAGGACCUCCUGGCCUGCUACCUCUCCCUCAACGACGCGGCGCACCAUGACCUCAUAAUCGACGUCUUCGAGCAGAUUUGGGUGAGCCUCGCCGGCGCCAGGCCGUGA